AACUCAUCACACUCUCAUCAGUACAACACACGCUUUCCUCCACCUAAACAAAAAAAACCCAAAAAUGGCUUCAUAAAAUCCGCCCACAAACCCUAAUCCUCCGCCACCGCCACCACCACCACCAAAAAUGGAUAAUUCAUACUCAUCAUACGCAGAUUCAGGAGAUUCCUCACCAAGAUCAAGAGAAAUCGACUGUGAAAACCAGUCAUGGGAAGAUCCGUCAUCAACCACCACCUCCACCAACACCGCCGCCGCAACCAACUACAGAGUGAAAUUCAUGGUUUCCUACAACGGCAAAAUCCAACCGAGGCAACAUGAUAAUCAGUUGACAUAUGUUGGUGGAGAGACGAAGAUUUUAGCUGUUGAGAGGAACGCCAAAUUUGGUACGGUGAUCAGUAAGUUAUCUGCGAUUUGUGAUUUUGAUACUGUUAAUUUGAAGUACCAGUUGCCUGGGGAGGAUCUUGAUGCGCUUGUUUCUGUAACUAACGAUGAAGAUCUUGAGCAUAUGAUGAUGGAAUAUGAUAGGUUGAAUCGGUCGUCGCCUAAACCGGCGAGAUUGAGAUUGUUUUUGUUUCCGGUUAGGUCGAAUUCGUCGAGUUUAGCGUCGUCGGCCAAGGAUGGUGGGAGUACUAAGAGUAAUCAGCAGUGGUUUGUUGAUGCGUUUAAUUCUGCUCAGAUACAACAAUCGAUUGAUUCUGCUGCUGCUACGUCGCCGCCGGCGAGUGAGACUCCGUCGAAUCCUGAUUUCUUGUUUGGGUUGGAUAAUAAUAGUAAAUGUGUUGUUUCGCCGCCGUCACCACCGCAAAUCAGUUCUCCGGUGACGGCGAAACAAGAUUUGGUUCAAGAGCAACAGCAGUUGAUUCAGGAGCAGCAAUUGCAGAUUCAGGAUCAUAAUAGAGAGGAUCACAGGAUUUUAGUUGGUGAACAUGCUGAAAUUCAAAGACAGAUUCAGGAAUUGCAGAAAUUACAAAUCUCAAAUCAAGAGCAGCAGCAACAGACUUUGACUAGAGCAUUUGCUGGUGAUUACUAUGUGCAGAAAGUUCCUGAAAAUACAGUUCCAGCUGGGAGUAUUCCGGUUACUUUACCACCGGUGUCGCCACCGUCGGUUGCAGUACCAGCUCCACCUCCUACAGCUGCAGGGUAUUGGCAAGAAAGGCAUAUUGCUCCACCACCAGUUUCCACUGCUGAUCAUCAAGUUUAUUUGAUACCAACACCAACUGGGUACUAUCAAACUCAAGUGCCGCCGCCGCAAAGCGUAUUGCAAAUGCCUGCUGGUCAAGGGUAUUACGCUCCGCCGCCACCUGUUUAUAGGGAACAGCCUGUUUACAAUGUUGCGCCACAGCAACCACAGCAGCAACAGCAUCAAGUUCAGCCUAGAAUUGUGAUGUUGGCAGAUGGGAGUUAUGCACAAGUGGGGUUUGAUAGUGCUGGGAGACAAGUGCUUUAUGCUGCGCCGCCACCACCGUCGCCUGGUGGUAUAAUGCCGCCAUCGUCCUAUCAGACUGUAACCAAUGGAGGAGUUGUGGGAGGAGGAGGAGCAAUGGAUUUGAGACAGCAGCAGCAGCAGCAACAACAACAACAACCCAAGAUAGCUGCAAUCACAGAGGUUAAAAUUCCAAAUCUUAAACCUGCUCAAGCUGCGGUUUGAUUUCCUAAAUUUCCCUAUUUAUUCUAAAUUAUUAUUUAUUAAUCUAUAUAUUAAGUUCAAUAAGUGAAAUAGAUUUGCUUGAUUGUUGGAUUUGUGUGAUUGAAACUCUGUUUCGAUGGUAGAUUGUAAAUGGUGUUAUGGGAAAAUCUAUAUAUUAUUGUUAGUUCAAAAUUAUGUCUUUGUUUGUUCAUUUAAUUCACUAGAUUCGUUUUAGA